AGCAUCUGCAUGAUUCAGAUUAACUAUGGCGCUCUGUACAAAAAGAAGAAAAAGCAACAUAGUACAUGAUGAUGAUUAACUGAACUUCUUCUUCGACUUAGUUAAAACUCCCGGUGAAGAAAAUUGCAAGUCUGUAUAAUUCAUCAUUAGCCUUUAGACUCGAUUGCCGGAGAGACCUAUAUAGACCCUUUACUGUUGCCUUGUUACACUUUUGAACUGGGAGGCUGGUGUUUUAUGCUCCGGUGUUUUACCCCAUAUAAAUGUUCGGACUGAGUGGUGUGUUCCUACAUACAAUAACAACAGUAUACUUAAGACAGAACAGCAAGGCCAAGUUAUCCCUAGGUUCAAGAUAAGUAAAAGAUCUUCUGAUGAGGAACAAUGGGACCAGGGUGACUCGGGCAAAAUGAUGAGGAAAGAACAUUCAAGGGCUAUAAUUAGAAAGAUAUGAAUAAAGGAAAGCAGACAACUUUAUUUCAAAGCUGGGGAUCGAAUGCAAGGAAAGAAGCUAGUACAUCUGCCUCAGCAACUAUAUCAAAUGAGGUCAUCAAUUUGAGUGACCUUGAUGAUGAAGAUGAUGAACUGUUAGCUUGUGCACUGAAUGAAUCUCUAGAAGAAAACGAUUACCAACCUCAAGAAAAUGAUCCUUCAAAACAAGACAAAGAUUUGUGCAACAUCUCAAUGGGAGCAGACAUGCUCGCCUGUACACAGUCCCUGUCACAGAUGGGGCAAACAGGAUUUGAUAAGGUGGCGGGAAAGCUGUGGAUCUAUCCUACAAACUACCCUGUCAGAGAGUACCAGCACAGCAUUGUGCAACAGGCCCUCUUCAAGAACACUAUGGUUACCCUCCCAACAGGACUGGGGAAAACUUUCAUUGCAUCUGUUGUCAUGUUCAAUUUUUACAGAUGGUACCCACAAGGGAAAGUUGUUUUCAUGGCUCCAACAAAGCCUCUUGUUGCACAACAAAUCGAAGCUUGUUACAACAUAAUGGGGAUUCCCCAGGAACACACUGCAGAAAUGACAGGUACCAUGACCCCACAGAAGAGACAGCAAGCAUGGAGGGAGAAGCGAGUUUUCUUCCUGACACCCCAAGUUUUGACCAAUGACCUUUUGCGAGGGUCCUGCCCAGCCCUUCAGGUGAAGUGUGUGGUGGUGGAUGAGGCCCACAAGGCCCUGGGGAACCAUGCCUACUGCCAGGUUGUUCGUGAAUUGGUGAAUUAUUCGACUGAAUUCCGUGUGCUGGCAUUGAGUGCUACUCCUGGGUCUGAUAUCAAGGCAGUGCAACAGGUGCUCUCUAAUUUGCUGAUCUCGCACAUUGAGCUAAGAACGGAAGAGUCAAAGGACAUCAAACAGUACUCAUUUGAUCGCCAGGUGGAUAAAAUCAUUGUACCAGACAGCAAAGAAAUAGCCGCAGUCAAAGAUAGAUACGUGAAGAUUAUGGAAGUGAUCAUUGGAAAAUUAAAGAAGUGUGGUGUAAUCUACAACCGAGAAGCCACCAGUUUUUCCAAGUUCCUGUUGCUGAAGUCCAGAGAAGCGUUCCGUCAGAACCCGCCCCACAGACUAAGUAAGACACAAUAUGGUAUGGUGGAGGGGGAUUUCGCAUUAGCAAUUUCUCUUUAUCAUGGAUAUGAAUUGGUCCACUUACACGGAUUACGUUCAUUGUACAAUUUCCUUGAUGGGGUCAUCAGUGGGAAUAAAGGUCAUGGUCGCACAAGAACAGAACUCCUGAAGAUUCCAGAUUUUUGUGAUUUGAUGAAUAUGCUGCAGGAAAAGUUUGGGAAAGGAUUUUCAAGCAGUCAGUCUUUUACAGUAGGACAUCCUAAAUUAGCAAAACUGGACGAAGUUGUAUUGAACCAUUUCAAGUCCAUUGAAGACUGCAAUAAUGGACAGACAGAAGUGACCACAAGAAUCAUGAUUUUCUCACAGUAUAGAGACAGUGUAGAAGAAAUCACCAACAUGCUGAAGCAGCAUGAACCUCGGGUCAAGGCAAUGAGUUUUAUAGGUCAGUCAUCUGCUGGCAAGGGCAUGAAAGGUUUCACCCAAAAGGAGCAACUCAAGGUGAUGAAGAAGUUUCGUGAGGGUCGCUACAAUACCUUGGUGGCCACAUGUGUUGGAGAGGAGGGGCUCGAUAUUGGGGAGGUGGAUCUAAUAAUUUGUUAUGAUGCCAGUAAAAGCCCUAUCAGGCUGGUCCAGAGAAUGGGGCGAACUGGCAGGAAAAGACAGGGUCGAAUCGUAAUGCUGAUCUCACAAGGCAAAGAGGAACAGAUAUACAAUCAAGGAGUUUAUUCUAAGAAGAGCAUUCACAAGGCUAUCUUGAAUAGUGCCAAGACUUUACAGUUUUACCAGAGUAAUCCAAGGAUGAUUCCUGAGGGGCUGGACCCCAGGUGUCACAAAAUGUUUAUCACAGUGAAGCUGGCCUAUAAACCAAGCAAGGAAAUCAUACUUGACUCACAGAUAGCACCAAAGUCUGCAAAGUCCAAAACUAAGCAUUCCAAAGGAGAUGAUGGUCAGAUGGCAUCAAAAGAACUUGCAGAGAUGGAAAGAUUAAUGAAGAAGGCAAAGCCCCUACCCAAGUCUUCCAAGUUUCUCUCUCUGGGUGAGGAUAUGGAAGACAAUCUGUCAACAGAUACAAUGUCAUACAACAACUGGAUGCCUUGGCAGAAUGCCCUGCAGUCAGAGCACCAGAUUUGUCACUCCAAAAGAACAAAAAACUUUGUAGAACUUGUGAAGUUUAUUGAGAUUCAAGGUUGUGUUGAUGAAAACAGCUAUGAUGAUGAAAUGAGGUUGUAUUUGGACCCAGAGGAUAUUGAUAAUCAUGUUGCAAUUGAUAAGAACUCCAUGGGGGCCAAGCCUCCAAGGAAGAGAAGCAUUUUAAAAACCAAUUCCUCUGUAGUGUCAGUAAUUGCAGACACUGAUGAGAAUGACUUUGAAGGUGUGAAACAUUCAGAAAGUGACAACAGUAAGUGUGAUCCAAGCUGGACGUCCCAGAGUGCUAAGAAACCGUUACAAACUAUUCUGGAAACCUAUAAGAAAGCAAUUGAUAAAGUUACUAAUUCUAGAAAUGUUUUACAAACUGUUCCUGAAGUUAUAUUCGUUGAUGAUGAUAUUGAGGUUCAAAUUCCUCUCAUAAGUAACAAAGAAAAGGUAAACCAAAACAUUGUGCUUUCUGGUAAGUCUGAACCUGGACUAACCACACCAGAUAUACCUAUGUCACCUUUGUCUACUGACAGUGAAGCUUUUACCAUCCCAGAGGCUCCCACAUCAGAGGAAUUGGAAGUAAUGGUUAGCUUGUUAGCAGACACACCCAUAUUUCCAGAAGACAUGCUUACCAUUGUUCAGGUUUGGGAGAAUCAGUAUCUUUUCAGAAAGACUUCAAGUGUGGAAGGAAACCCAAGUGAUAGUUCUGGUGAUACUCCAAACUGUAACAACAAUGGAGCUACUGAAAAGAAACAUCUGAACCACGAUAAUCUGCUGAAAAGCUGUGAUAUUCAUCAUUUAGUGAGGGAGGAGAAUUAUGAAAAGAAUCCACUGAAAGAAAAUCCAAUGAAAAACAGUGAUGGUGGUAUUUUGAUGGAUGAAGGAAAGUCUGUAAAUGAGGAUCAUAGAAUUAAUUCUGUGAUAUCUGAAAUAGAAGUAGACAUUAGAACACAACCUGCUAUUAAUGAGACAAGUAAUGUUGGAAAUCACAGUGUUCAUUUAAGUGAUGUCCAUACAUUACCCGUUUCUGACAAUAAAGAGGAAAAUAAGGAAUUUUCAAAUCAUGAAGAAAUCAAUUUCUCUGAUAGUAACAGUUUGUUGACUUCUCAACCAAAUUUUGACUUGAGCUUUUCUGAAGUUUUGGUUGAAGAAAAGGCACAUUUCAAAAAUGAACAAAAAGUUAGUAAAGAAGAUAGACCUAUCUUACAGAAGGAAGAAACAAGUACAGAACAGUUAAAUGAUAAAAUUUGUGAGAGAAAAGCCAUAGUGGGAAAUGCCUUUAAAAAACAAACUAUAAACUAUGCAGACUUGAACUCCUAUUUUGAUUAUUCUUUCAAUGAGAGUGGCCUACAAGAUGCAGUUUUGACCAAAGAUUCAUUACUAGAACCUCCAUUGGAUAGUAUAUCUAAACUGAUCUCUACAAACAAUGACCAAGCUCCACUGUCUUCUGAAAACAAACCUUUAAAAAAACUUUCUCCAAAAGAUGAUGAAUUUACUUUUACACAAGCAAUGGCAGUUGUGCAUGAUAGUGAAGAAGUCUUACAAGCAUCUGAGUCCAACUCAGAAGGCUUCUGUGUAUUAACUUCUACCUCAAGGGUAAAAGAAAUGCCACAAUCUGUUGUACAAAAUCAAAGACAAGGCAAUCAAUUCUGUAAAACAUCUGUUGAGGAAAGUCAAGCAAAUGUGGAGUCUGCAACAAAAGGAGAUUCAAGUGGAGGUAAGUUUACAAAACUGCAGACAAAGCAUGAAAGAAAUACAACAUCAUUUAGUAGUUCUGAAGAGGAGGAAGAUACCAAUGCUUUGGCACAAUUCGAUUUAGGAUUUGAAUUGGAUGAUGUCAUUCCACCAUCACCGUGUGUCAGCCAGAAUCUAUCACAAGUUACUUUCUCCAGAUGUCGGAGUCAAAACAUCUUAAAGAGCAGGAAAUCUCUAGCUUCCACACUUCUGAGUCAAGAAUCAAAACCAUCAGAUUCUCAAAUUCAUCAAAACCAUCAAAUUCUCGAGGAAGAGCCAUGUUCACAUGUGAUGGAAGAUGAUGAUUUUCAGACGGAAUUGGACUGUAUCAAAGAGGAUUCAGACUGUAUCAAAGAGGAUUCAGAAAGUCGGGAAUGUUCUCCAAAGCAGUGUAAUUCUAUUGAUAUAAAAGAAAAAUUUGAACAAUCUCUUUCCCCCAUCUUGUCUGGUAGAAAAUCAAUCAAAAGUCAAAAGUUUUCAUCUAUUUCUAAAGAAGAUCCCUUUCUUAGUCAAUUGAACAGAAAGUCUUUGACACCAAACACGUCACCCUCCAUAUGUAAUUUCAACCCACUUUUGGACAAUUUUUCCUCAGAUGAGGAAGUUAUGGCUGUGAAAAGAAAAAGGAAAGCUGUCAUUUUGGAUUCUCCAUCUUCACCAUUGACACAAAAACAAAUAUUAGAUGAUGAUUUUGUUACCCCUUUGAAACCUCCUGCAACCAAGCAGAGAAAUAAUGAUCCUGUUACUGAUGAUGAUUUUAUUACACCUGUAAAACCAAGUGUUAAGAAACUGGUUAACUUGGAUUCAAGUUGCGGGAAAUCUGUACAGAAAAAAAAAGGUCAUUGCAAACCCGGCGUAUCAUUUGUUCUACCUCUAGAUUCCAGUGAGGAUGAGUACGAUGAUUUUGAAGUAGAUGCCAAUGCCAUAGCUAUAAAGAAAUCGGUUAUAGAUAAAUGUAGAAAGGGAAAAGACAAAAACAAUGUGAAGAAAUCCAGCAAAAGCACUAAACCUAGGAAAUUUGUGGCGGAAUAUUUGGAGGAUGAAGCAGAAGUGUCCAAUGAAGAUGAGUACUCUUGUGAUGAAGAAGAGGGGAGUGAUCUGGAUCGCUAUGAUGACAGUUUUAUUGGAGAAGCCACACAACUUUCACAAAGAACAUCAGACAAUAUGCAUGCCAUUUAUCUCAAUUCUAUUAAGAGUGUACCAGUUAAUGGGAGAUUUAAACUAUCUCAUCACCAUUACAACAUGGACGUUUAUUCCCAAGCCCCUCCUGAGGAAGAGUCUCAGUACCUGGAGGACAGCUUUGUUGUGGAAGAGGGUGAGGAGGAGGAUUCUACCGUGCAUUAUAGCGCGGAUGAGGUGACAGUGAUGGAUGUAUCGGAACUCUCUUAUGUUGGGAGGAGAACAAGGCGGUCGAAACCCAUGAAGAGAACUGGAACUGUCAAAGAGAAGACUUUAGACGGUGGUUCUAAAAGACGAAGAAUUAGAGUCAUGGAAGAAUCAUCAAGUGAUGGAGAAGCUGCAAACAAUUCCUCAUUUGAUAAUGUAAAUGUUGCCCAAGGGAAACGAAAGAUUCGCCAAGUGUUGAUGUCUUCCAGCAGUGAAGACGAAAUGGUAGCGCAAAAAACGGCAGAGGAAACUACAGUCAACAGGGAAAACUUAACUCUCUUGAAAGAAUCAACCAUGCAAGUUUCAAGUCUUCUCGGAGACAAAAACUCCAGGACAAACAUGUGUCGGUCCUCAUUGUCUACUUUGAAAACAUCUCCUUCGGCUGCAAACACGAACCGCAAAGACAUGACAAAAGAAGAACAACAGCGUUUAGAACGACUACAGAAACAGAAGGAGAAACAGGAGGAAUUUCGGCGAAUAUUGGCAGAGAAGAAAGCUGCAGAAACUAGAAAACAGGAAUCCGAUGGUAAAUAUUUGCCCAGGAGAAGCAUUGUAAGCUCAACGGGUUUAAUAUUUAACAGUUCGUCCUUUGCGGUGAAUACCAAAGAGAAACACGUUGUAUUGGUGGAUUCACGAGAAAUUAAUGGCUGUCAAGAAAUAAUUUCAGAACUCAGAUUUCAGCAUGGAAUUACAGUUAAGACAGCGCAGCUAGCGAAUUGUGACUACAUCGUUAGUAACCGCAUGGGAGUCGAUAGGCAGCAUUGGUCGGAGUUCACCAAGGGAUCCCGCAAAGACAAACUUCUAGAAAGAGUUACCGCUCUUUGUGACUUAUUUGAUAAACCAGCGUUGAUAAUUGAAAAGGAUAGCACAAAAACGGAUGACAAGAAUUCUGUUAAACCUUUACAUUGGACUAAAUACGUUGAGAAGACACUUGUGCAUUUAGUCCGGUCAAAAUUGACGAUAUAUUUCACAGAUCAUCAGAAAGACACGGCUCGCGUACUUUCAGAUAUCUGUCGACUGGAGGCUAGAAAAAAUGCGGGCAUCGGUUGCCCCACCGAUCUGGACGAGACCUCUCAAACAAAGCUUAGAUUUUACACCUCUAUUCCUGGCAUGUCAUAUAUUACUGCUCUAAAUCUCUGUCAUAAUUACAAGUCGAUCUCUGGAUUUAUUGUUAGCGAUACGAAUCAAAUCAUGGCCAAGGGCUGCUUGUCCAAAGAGCAAGCCUCUCGAAUAAAGGACUACCUGGAGCGGAAAUUUGAUCCUCAAAUGCUCCCGUCAGGCAGGUGAUGAAGGAUUGUGUACUCGCAUUUGUUUUUAUUUAUUGCAAAUCAAAUAAAUCAACAGUUAUCGCUGA